AUGGCGUGUCUACUUAUGUUUGUGACUCUGCUUCAUGUGGUCACCCUGGCCAUGCUGUUCAUCUCUACCAUGGAAAAGUCCUGGUGGGUGUGGGACGGAAUGGAGAACUCGGACCUCUGGUACAACUGUAGGUAUGACAAUUUCUCAGGAACUUGGUUAUGCGCUUCCUCCAAAGAAACUGAGUGGCUUCACGCAGUUCAAGUCUUGAUGGUCCUCUCAGUGGUCUUCUCCUCGGUCUCAUUCCUGGUCUUUCUGGGUCAACUUUUCACCAUGUCCAAGGGAGGACUCUUUUACUUUACUGGAUUAUGUCAAGUGUUUGCAGGCCUGACUGCCUUGUCUGCAGUCCUCAUCUACACAUUACACACCAAAGAAAUCCUCCAGGACAGCAGAGAAGUGACUUCAGGGCACUUUGGCUACUGUUUCAUUCUAGCCUGGGUGUGUGUGCCUCUUCUGCUGUGCAGUGGUGUUAUUUACAUUCACUUACGCAAGAAAGAGUGA